GGGGGCCCUCGUGAGUCACCGGCGGCCGCCGCACACAGGAGCUGGGCGGUUCGUAUAAAAGCGUCGUGGGGACACCCUCCCCCUUGUGCAUGUCUCUGGCUCGCUACUCCCCACCAGCUUGGGCUGGUGUGCGUGCUCCCCUCCUUCCUGCCGGAGCUGUCUUCCCUGCAGGCGGCCGGGCAAGGUGCCGAAAACAGGGGAGCUCCCCCCGCCCCACCUCCGCGGAGGCUGCUAACUUGUUGUGCGCGCAGCAGCUGCUGCACAGUAUGGGCACGUUCUCGCUCCGGGGGCUCUGGCUCCUGGCGACGCUCUGCUGGCUGCUGGUCGAGCGCGGCUCUGUGCAAGGUGCAAGAGCAAAAUGUGAAGAAUCUCAAUUCCAGUGCAGUAAUGGACGCUGUAUAACUCUGUUAUGGAAGUGUGAUGGAGAUGAAGACUGUUCUGAUGGUAGCGAUGAAAGAUCCUGUGUGAAGAAGACCUGCGCUGAAUCUGACUUUGUGUGCAGCAGUGGUCAGUGUGUCCCUAACAGGUGGCAGUGUGAUGGGGAUCCAGACUGUGAAGAUGGAUCUGAUGAAAGCCCCGAACUGUGCCACAUGAGAACAUGCCGGGUAAAUGAAAUCAGCUGUGGUCCUCGAUCAACUCAGUGUAUCCCUCUGUCCUGGAAAUGUGAUGGUGAAAAUGACUGUGACAGUGGUGAAGAUGAAGAGAAUUGUGGUAAUGUAACUUGUAGCCCAGCAGAGUUCACUUGCUCCAGUGGGCAAUGCAUCUCCAAAAACUUUGUCUGUAGCCAAGAUGACUGCAGUGAUGGUAGUGAUGACUGGACUGCACCCACCCCUACUUGUGGAGCACAUGAAUUUCAAUGUAAAAGUUCUAGCUGUAUCCCUAUUAGCUGGGUAUGUGAUGAUGAUGCAGACUGUUCAGACCAGUCAGAUGAAUCUCUAGAGCAAUGUGGCCGUCAGCCUGCCCAUCCUGUGAAGUGUUCUCCUAGUGAAAUACAAUGUGGCUCAGGAGAAGUAUUCCAAGACGUGGCGUGCGAUGGAGGACCGGACUGCAAGGAUGGAAGUGAUGAAACAAACUGUCCUUCCCGGACUUGUAGACCAGACCAGUUCAGAUGUGAAGAUGGGAAUUGUAUCCAUGGUAGCAGGCAAUGUAAUGGUAUAAGAGACUGUCUAGAUGGAACUGAUGAGGUCAACUGUAAAAGUGUGAUCAGUGCAACUGGAUCUGGCAAAUUCAAGUGCAGAAGUGGGGAAUGCAUAGACAUCAGCAUGUGUAAUCAGCAGCAAGACUGCCGGGACUGGAGUGAUGAACCCUUGAAGGAAUGCAACUUGAAUGAAUGCCUGGUGAACAAUGGUGGAUGCUCUCAUAUCUGCAGAGACCUAGUUAUUGGGUAUGAAUGUGACUGCCAGCUGGGUUUGAACUGAUAAACAGGGAAAACAUGUGGAGAUAUUGAUGAAUGCCAGAAUCCUGGGAUCUGCAGUCAAAUCUGUAUUAUUAAAGGAGGCUACAAAUGUGGUAGCCGUGGUUAUCAAUGGAUCUAGCUACUGGACGUGUGCAAGGCAGUAGGAAAAGAACCAUGUCUGAUUUUCACUAAUCGUCGGGACAUCAGGAAGAUUGGCCUGGAAAGGAAAGAAUACCUCCAGCUUGUAGAGCAGCUAAGAAACACCAUAGCUCUUGAUGCUGACAUUGCUGAGCAUAAACUCUUUUGGGCUGACUUUAGCCAAAAAGCAAUUUUCAGUGCCUCACUUGAUAGUCGUGACAAGGUGGGCAAACACUUAAAAAUCAUAAGCAAUGUACACAGUCCUGCAGCAAUUGCUGUUGAUUGGAUCUACAAGAACAUCUACUGGACUGAUUCAGCUUUAAAGAGUAUCUCAGUGGCUAGUCUUGAUGGUGCCAAAAGGAAGGUUCUCUUUAAUACAGACCUAAGAGAGCCAGCCUCCAUAGCUGUGGAUCCUCUCUCUGGCUUUAUGUACUGGUCUGACUGGGGUGAACCAGCCAAAAUAGAAAAGGCAGGAAUGAAUGGACUCAGUAGACAGCAACUGGUGACAACAGACAUCCAGUGGCCUAAUGGAAUUGCACUAGAUCUUGUAAAAAGCCGCCUCUACUGGCUUGAUUCAAAGCUGCAUAUGCUGUCCAGUGUGGAUCUGAAUGGCCAGGAUCGUAGGAUUGUGUUAAAAUCAAAUGAGUUUCUUGCUCAUCCUCUUGCUCUAACUAUAUUUGAGGACCGUGUCUACUGGAUUGAUGGAGAGAAUGAAGCAGUCUAUGGUGCCAAUAAAUUUACAGGAUCUGACUUGGCUACACUAGUGAACAACCUCAAUGAUGCUCAGGAUAUCAUUGUGUAUCACGAGCUUGUUCAACCCUCAGGCACAAACUGGUGUGAUGAGACCAUGAAGAACGGUGGCUGUGAGUAUCUGUGCCUGCCUGCUCCCCAGAUAAAUGAACACUCUCCAAAAUAUGCCUGCACAUGUCCUACUGGAUACAAACUGCAAGAUGAUGGCCUAAGAUGUAAAGUUCUAGGUACUGGAACUACUGUGGCUUACAUUGAGACAAAAGAUACCAGCACAACAGAAAAACCACCAACUGUUGGACCAGUUCCUGGAGGACACAACUUCAGCAGUACAGUGUCAGAAGUCAGUUCUGCCAAAGGAACUUCAGCUGCCUGGGCUAUUCUUCCUCUGGUAUUACUGGCACUGGCAGCAGCAGCAGGUGGCUACUUCAUGUGGCGUAACUGGCAACACAAGAAUAUGAAAAGCAUGAAUUUUGACAAUCCUGUCUACUUGAAAACAACUGAAGAAGAUCUCACUAUUGAUAUUGGGAGACACAGCAGUUCAGUAGGACACACUUACCCUGCAAUCUCAGUUGUAAGCACAGAUGACGAUCUAGCUUGAUUGUAGAA